AUGAUCAGAAGGCUGUCGGGCUCCGCUGAGGAUACCGACAACAGCGCCCCUACCCAAGCCGAGACUGCUCCCCCUAACAAGCAUGGAAACAACAAGCAUGGAAAGAAGAAGAGCUUCACCUCUGCCAAGUAUGACGUGACAAGGCACUCCGAUACCCUGGAUCGGAGGAAAAUCGAGAAAGCAAUUGGCCUUAUUCAAUCCCCUCCUAAUGGAUCCAAUCCGUCUCCGCCGGCAGAAAAUCGACAGGGCGUUUCCAGCAAGAAGCAGCUUCUCCUGGCACCAGGAGAGGACAUCGACAGAUUGCCGGAACCUCGGACCUGGCGACGCUCCCGAGCGCGGAACCCCUGGGCAUGCUCAUUGCUGACCAUCAGUGUUACCGCCUUGUCCGCCCUGAUCCUCCUCUUCAUCGUUCAUGCCUUCCUUACUCGACAGCUUGAUCCUAAGGGAUGCGAUAUGUGCUGGUCACGGCCAAUUUACAUCAAGUUCUCCGACUUCGAUACCGAGCAUACGCGUUUCGCUAGCAAAUACAAUCUGUACUUGUACCGAGAAGGGGGCUUUGACGAAGACCCAAAGGUCAAGGGUGUCCCUGUCCUGUUCAUACCCGGAAAUGCAGGAAGCUACAAACAGGCGAGAUGCCUGGCUUUCGAAGCAGCCUCGUACUACCAUGAUAGUAUACAACAAGAUGCCCAGGCUUUGAAAGAGGGCAUGACAAGUUUAGAUUUCUUCUCCGUCGAUUUCAAUGAAGAUUUUUCCGCUUUUCACGGUCAGACCAUAUUAGAUCAGGCAGAGUACCUGAACGAUGCCGUUGCUUACAUAUUGUCACUUUACCAUGACCCUCGAAGGUCUCAGCGUGAUCCUGGUCUGCCUGAUCCCAGCUCAGUCAUCCUAGUGGGCCAUUCCAUGGGCGGUGUUGUUGCUCGAACGAUGCUUACCAUGCCAAAUUACCAAUCGAACUCGAUCAAUACCAUCGUUACCAUGUCUGCGCCCCAUGCAAGGCCACCCGUCUCCGUCGAUGCUGAGUCCGUGCGAACAUACAAGCGAAUCAAUGACUAUUGGAGACAAGCGUACACACAGAAAUGGGCAAACGACAAUCCUUUAUGGCAUGUCACUUUGAUCUCAAUCGCUGGUGGAGGCUUGGAUACAGUGGUGCCCUCGGAUUUUGCCAGUCUCGAAUCCCUUGUACCAAGCACCCAUGGGUUCACUGUUUUCACCUCCGGUAUACCCAAUGUGUGGACUGGUGCGGAUCACAUACAGACUACGUGGUGUGUCCAAUUGAUGAAGCCGAUUGUAAGAUCAAUAUUCAGCACUUUGGAUGUACAUCGACCGGGGCAAACAAAGCCAAGGGCGGAGCGAAUGCGUAUUUUUCGAAGUUGGUAUUUGACCGGAAUGGAGGAUGUGGUGGAGAAAACGCUGCCACAAAAAGAAUCAUCGACAUUGCUCACCUUGGAAGACAAUUCACAUUCCGUAAUGUCUGUGGGAGAAAGUCUCGUGUUGAGAGACCUUGGACGUGCAGGGAAACCAAAAGCACACCUUCUUCCGGUUCCUAUGCGAAUUCCGCAGGGCUCGAAAAGCUUCAUUUUGCUGUCUGAUCAACGCUUGGAAGAACCUGGGACUACUGCUCAGAUCGAGGUGCUUUUCUGCAGCGUCUUUCCAUUGCAGCAUGGCCAAUCAUCAACGCUGUUCUCAAUGAACAUGGAUCUGUCCGAUGGUACUUCUGGCUCUACUAGACUGGCCUGCAAAAACGCUGCCUCAGAUGUUAUUCGUCUUCCAGCUUCAAAAAAGAUGUCCGCUCAUCCAUACGAUAAAGCGCAACCUAUGUCCUAUCUCCAAUAUGACUUAGAAGACCUUGCAGACUACCAGUUUGUCGCUGUGGUCGAUAAGACUGUGGAACCAAGCCAAGGAUGGGCCAUCGCAGAGUUCACUGAAAAGUUCGACUCCAUUAUCGAGACCGAUUUAGGCCUCCGGCGACUCCUCUCGUUCGGUCUACAUCUCAAACUACCUGCAGCUAGGCCUUUCAUGACUCAGAUCAAGAUUCCCGCGCUUCAUUCGAGUCUGCUUGCUUUCAAAUUGAACCUGGGCAAGCAAGCCUGCGGCGAUGACGCAGAGCUGUUCACCCCACUUCUGCGACAGCAUCUCUCGGAACCACAUGAGUCGAAAUACUUUGUGAAUGUGAAGGAUGCGAACAUCAGCCUGCACGGCGUGGCUCCAUUCAUGCCGCCGCCACUGCGCGCUCAAACUGUCAGUGAUGGUGUCUCAUUACAGUUCUGGUCCGAUCCAACCUGUAAUUCUUCGAUUGACGUAUCAAUGAACGUCGAUGUACCGGGUAGCAUGGGGAAAUUGGUGAUGCGGUACAGGAUGGUUUUCGCUGCCUUUCCACUAGUCAUUGUCGCCCUUGUGCUUCGGAAACAAUUCAAAGUGUACGACGAAAGUGGAAUCUUUAUCACGUUUGCAGAAUCUCUAGACCUUUGCCUGAAAACAUCGUUACCGGUGUUGCUCCUUGCACUGACCUUCCUCGCCAUGGGUUUGACAAUAUCAAGUGCUGCGCCUCCGAGGGCCGUAUCUACUGGCUGGCUUGGUUGGGGAGGAAAUGCCACAGAGUCAGCCAUCGACUUCACCAAGAACGACCUUUUACUAGGCUCACAAGAUCCAAUCUUCUGGUUUCUGGUCCCGCUGUUCGGCCUCAUCAAUGUUGGUAUCUGCGUUGGUGUCAAUUAUGUAACUCUCGGACUGACAAACCUCUUCUACUUGCCAUAUAAUUUUCUGACCGCUAGGCCGGCGUGGGUGAGAGUUGAGGACGUGAGUGGAAGAUCUGUUGCUCCCGACUUCGCUGCCAGCUCACCCAGAAGACGCAUCAUUACCACCUGCGUACUACUCUUCUUAGUAUCAACGUUCAUUCCCUAUCAGUUCGCCUACCUAGACGCUGUUCUUGUACAACUAUCGACGUGCACGCGGGCGCUGCGGUUGGUUCGGGAAACUCGAUCUGGCGGCCACUAUAAUUUCUACAAUUAUUCUCAUUCAAUGCUGAUCCUCAUGCUCUGGGUACUCCCCAUCAACGUACCCGUCCUUCUCGUCUGGGCCCACAAUCUCGCGGUGCAGUGGCUCACACCCUUCUCCUCACACCAUAAUGUCUUAUCCAUAAUGCCCUACUUAAUACUCGUCGAAACCCUUACCUGCGGCAAGAUGAUCCCCCGCGUCACAUCGAGGGCUCGCUACGUCACCAACAUCCUCUUCUUCAUACUCGCCGGCUACGCUGCAGUCUAUGGCGUGACGUACGCAUACGCAUUGCAUCACAUUGUCAACUUGGUUUGUGCUUGGUUGGUUGCGGUGCAUUUCUCCAGCAAUGAAGUGUCGCUGCAAGGCUUAAGUCAGAUCUUAGAGGGAGUCGACGACGGGAACGAUAGAGGUGCGAAGAAGAGACCUUAG